AUGACCGAGGUCUGUAGCACGAAAUCCCUCCGCCCGGAUAAGGACAGCGAUCCACAACCUGUCAAUGGAACCGAGGCACCCCGCAUUCUAGACGACUGCGCUGGACGAAAGGAGACGGGGAAGGGCAUGAUAAGGAGCAAGCUGAACUACGGACUUGAUUUGGCCGAUUGCUCCGGCUGCUCUGGAGCAUUGGCUCUGCUAGGGAGGCCAUUAUCACGACGAUGGAGAAGCCAGCUACCGGCGGCAGCACAGAGAGCAAGACCAUCACAGCAAAGAAGAACCCUCUUAACAGAAAGCCAUGCCCAAGGGCCGACGACACCUUCCCUUCUCACGCAAACUAUCCCCCAGCACUUCUCCUCCGUCGUCGCGGCCCAUGGUGAUCGUCUCGCCAUUAUCUCCCGCUCCCAAGGUCCGGUAGGCAGACUCACGUAUCGCGAGUUGGAUGAGCGAAGUAAUAUCCUUGCGAGGGGACUGCGGGAGAGGGGCGUGCGGAAGGGGGAGAGAGUCGCUGUUAGCCUGGGGAAUAAUUGGGAGUUUGCGGUGGUUACUUAUGCGUUGUUUAAGUUGGGGGCUAUUUUGGUCCCCCUAAACCCAGCCUUCAACUCCCUACAAGUCAUAUCAGCACUCUCCCACCUCGAAGCUGCCCACCUAAUAAUUGGAACCGAAACCAAUCUCCCUUACAAACCACCUCGGGAGAAUCUUACGCUUCUAAAAGCCAUUAUUCCAGACCUCACCGCACCGAAAUUGGAAUCUAAGGCUGUCCCAUCAUUAAAGAGCGUUAUUCUCGUAGACAACUCAUCUGGACGUAUCGACGCAUCCCCCUUAUCUGCAACAACAUCAUUCGCUUCUCUCAUUAACUCCCACCCAAGUCAGGAGGUCAUUCCAGACAGCGAACUCCACAUAGAUGAUAUUGUCAACAUCCAGUUCACAUCCGGCACAACAAGCAUGCCCAAGGCAGCCUGUCUAACCCACCAUUCGAUCCUCAACAACGGCUAUUUCAUAGGGGAACGGAUGCUCCUAACCCCACGGGAUAUAAUAUGUUGCCCACCUCCGCUAUUCCACUGCUUCGGCUGUAUCUUAGGAUACAUGGCGUCCGCCACACACGGAUCCACGAUCCUCUUCCCCUCCGAAGCAUUCAACCCGCACGAAACUCUUCUAUCAAUACAGGACGAGGGCGCUACAGCGCUGUACGGCGUCUCCACCAUGUUCGUCGCCGAGCUGGAGCUCCUCUACAACGGAACGGUUCCCAGAACCGGGUUCGAGAACCUAAGAACCGGCAUAGCGGCCGGUUCCAGCGUCCCAAGCCAUUUGAUGUCGAAAUUACACUCAGAGCUCAAUCUAACCGGCCUCACCAUCUGCUACGGCAUGACCGAAACAAGUCCCGUGAGCUGCAUGACCACGCCGGACGACCCGCUCAUCAAGAGACUAGACAGCGUCGGCCGUCUCCUCCCUCACGUUGAGGCCAAAAUCGUAUCCACAACCGACCGCACAAAGAUCGUACCCAUCGGCGAGCGCGGCGAACUCGUCGUCUCAGGGUACCUCGUCAUGAAAGGGUACUGGAACGACGUACACCGCACAUCUGAAGUACGGGUUGUGGAACAGCUCCCGGAAGAGCACUGGCUUGAGAAGGGGAAAGAGAGGGUAUGGAUGCAUACCGGUGAUGAGGCGGAGAUGGAUGAGCUGGGCUAUGUCAAGAUCACAGGCCGGAUUAAGGAUUUGAUUAUCCGCGGUGGUGAGAAUAUUCAUCCGCUAGAGGCGGAGAAUGCGCUUUUCGCUCAUGAAAAUGUCAAGGAGGUAAGCGUUGUUGGUGUCCCUGAUGAGAAGUAUGGGGAGGCUGUGGCGGCAUUCGUGGUUGUUCACCAAGGGGUGCGGGUUGGUGUUGAUGAUGCUGGUGUUGGGGAUCCAUCUAUCGACCUCCUCUCCAUCUCCAACUCAUCCCCCCCUCCACCUUCCUCUUCACAUUCCUCAUCACCCACUCCGCCCCAAACUCCUCCCCCUGAGAGCCAACAACAGCAACAAAACGAAGAACCCAAAAUCCUCACCAAAGAAGCCGUUCGAUCCUGGGUCCGCAGCCAACUUAGCAGCCACCUCGUCCCCAAAUAUGUCUUCUGGGUUGACCGGUACCCAAAGACCGCCAGUGGCAAGAUCCAGAAGUUCAAGCUGCGCGAGAUGGGCGUUAAGUGGUUGGAGGAUCGAGGUGUCCCAGGGGUGACGUCUGAGAAGAAGUAG